UGCAAGAUGUAAAUGCACAGCCUGCCUACUAAAGAGGAGCAUCCUAAUCUGGCUGUGUGAGAGGACUAAGGACACCCAACGUCUCAGGUUACACAAUGCAAGAGUGGACCACAUGCUGAGAUGUUGGAAUAAAGUCAGGCUUCUCUCAUUUCUCUUGUCAUUUACAUCCAGCAGCUGAGGACUGAGAAGACACCGUGGAUAUGCCUGGACCAGCACUAGUGAGAGAUGUGCUCAGUCACCAAACCCAGGCUUUCACCACACUGAUCACGCUUCUGGAGGAGAGGGGUAUAAGGUGCAACAACAUCUACCUUGUGGAGGGGGCAUCAGGCAGUAGCCUGUGCUACACCAGACCCCCUGCUAGACUGACUGACCUGGAGCUGGACUUAGAGGGGUCAGAUACUGCAUCAAUCUCUUCUACUAGAUCACUUACACUGGCACAAAAGGCUUCACGGAAUCGUCUUUCCAGAGUCGCGCGGUCUACUCUGUCACUUCUAGUGGUGGAAGAAAACAUUCUGGACCACUUGCCUUUGGACCAUCAAUUUUCUAUGCAGCUCAAAGACAGUAUAGAGUUCAGAAACAUCUGCACACAUAUGGCUCUCCAGACGGACGACCGGAGGUUUGAUCAAGAUCUGAAUUUAGCUCAGAAAUGCUUAUCCACGAUAAUCACCAAUAUGACCUGGGAUAUAACCAAUAAGAAUUGUGAUUUCUGUGAAACCGUCCAGGAGCAGCUAAAACUCAUACUACAGAAGCUCCAUGAGGACUAGCAAGAGAUGCCAGCGUCCUGUGGAGGACAGAUGUCUGUGUACUGCAGAGGGCAUGUUAUAGAUUAAUUUAUUGACUAUUAUAUUCACUACAAUAUGCCUUGCUCUUCUAACAAAGCUGUGACAUGGCCUGGACAUGGUCCGACCAUUGAUAUAACCUUUAUUGGGGACUGGAUAUUUCGCCUGCCAUUGGCCAUUGGGCUGACAUGGACUUGGUGUCACACAACAAGUUAUCUUCUCCUGGUUGUCAGAUGAUCUGUUUGUAAGGAGAAGUAUGUGUAUUAUUUAUAUAGUGCUAUAUGCAAUUUUAAAAUAAAUUUUUAUUCUGACAAAUUAACGACAACAGAUUAUGAAGCUGGUAUUUCACAGUGAAGGUUCAACUUUGAAGAACGUUUAAUAGUAGAGCCACAUUGUGGCUGUGAAUUUACCCUAUGGGCUCUUACACAUGGGACAUAGCAUCCGGACUGAAUCCUGACCCAUUAAUUUCACUGGGUCUGUGUGUGCUCACUUUUCCAACCAGCUGCUCCAUCCAUUUCAGGAGGGCUCCACAGGGUACGGGGCUCCCGUUCUCGGGAUCUGUGGGGGUCCCGGUGGUAGGACCCCACUGAUCGGAUAUUUAUCCCCUAUCCUGUGGAUAAGGGAUAACUUGUUAUAACCGUUAUAUUCCUUUAACUAAAUAAGGGAGAAGAUAUAAAGCUGCAUGAGUCAUUCACCAGCUGAUAUCUGUAGUGCUUCUGAGUGCAUUUGGUGUGGUGGAGAGUGUUAGAUGAAAGGAUCUGAGGAAUAAUGUUGGAGAGGGGGAUGGAGAAGAGGUAGAUUAGGGGAUGUGAUAGGCCACACUAAAAAAAAGGAUAGGUAAGUGCCUAAAACUAUAGGAGUUGGGCCUUAGGGCUCAUUCAGACGACCAUAUAUAUUUUGCGGUCUGCAAAUUGUGGAUCUGCACAACACGUAUACUGGCCACGUGUGGUCUACAUUUUGUGGAACGGAGCGGCAAGCCCUAUGAUAGGAAUUCCUAUUCGUGUCCACAAUUGCAAACAAGAAUAGGAAAUUUUUUAUUUUUUUUGCAGGGCCAUAGAACAGAAGUACGGAUGCGGACGGCCGAAGGUUAUAUUAACACGACCGUGAAAAAAUGUCUGUUAAAAACGGGAAAACGGUCUGUUUUUAACGGAGGCUUUUCUGAGAAACAGACGUUAAAUACGGUCCCAUUCAAUUGUAUGAAGGCUGUUGGUCAGUGAAAAUGGAGAAGAUAGAAAAUGCUCUAUUUUUUGACGUCCGUUAUUCACUGGCAGUAAAAAACUGCCGUGCGAAUAACCUCAUAGACUGCCAUUGUUCUUAAUACAGAUGUGUGACAGCCAAUAAAAAAAACAUCUGUCACACGUCUGUCGUGUGAAUGUAGACUCGGGGAGUGAGAGGUUUGGAUUGUGGAGGAUGUUAGUCGUAAACCAUUUACAGAAUGGAGAUCUAUGGAGGAGAGCUUUGUGUGUGAGAAGUCUCAAUUGAAUUCUAUAAUGUUUGAAAAGUAAUAAAGCACCCAUAGAGAAGCAUUGGGCUUAGGUUUACCUCUGUAUUCCUCCGAUUUUAUCCAGAGGCAUACAGAACUUAUGUUUCUGCUGAUUUCCUAGUGAACUUGGCAAAAACAAUAUUGUUAGGCUCCACUGAAUUAUGUAUUAGGCCUCCUGCACAUGACCGUAUCCGUUUUACAGUCUGCAAAUCGCGGAUCCGCAAAAUAUGGAUGCAGUCCAUGUGAAUCCCCACUGUAAAAAAAA